AAGGAUGCAACUCGGGGCAACCUAACUACACUCAAAAGUCCCUUCUUUUUACUUCUUUAACCAAAAAACACACACACACACACACACAAAAGAUGGCUGCUGUUUCUCAACUUUUAGCUCAUCUCUACACUAUGACCUUAGUCUUCUUCACCAUUCUAAUUCUCGAGCUAGUCAUCUGCGUACGUUCCAUUACCGACACAAUCUACGACUCCGGCGACCGGCCGAUCACCACCAAGCAAUACCUCAAGUUCAUCGAAGAAAAAAACCCGGUUAUCCGGUUCAAGACUACGGCAAUUAAGCCGGCCGGUUUUUCAGAGUCCUGUGCGGUUUGUUUAUCCGCAUUUGAGGAGGGCGAAGAAGUAAGGAAGCUAAAAUGCAAGCACAUAUUCCACAAGGAUUGUUUAGACACGUGGCUCCAGCAAGAUUCUGCCACGUGUCCACUCUGCCGGAACAAGGUCUUGCCGGAGGAAAUCGUGGUAAAGUUCCGGCAGCACCGGAAUCAGCAGUCGGAGUAUGAAGGAAGUGACGAGGAGCUGAUUUUCUUGUUAUCCGCAUUACAUGGUAAUUAUCUACGUAGAUUUUUGUAAAUCAUGAAAUUAGUUUAUCUUUUUUUGUAAUUUUUGUACAUAAAAAUGUAGAAAUAUAAAAAUUAACCUGAGAAUAAAAUAUAGAGAGCAAAAAAUUAGUAUAAUUGACUAGAAGUGAUUUGGUUCAUAUAGUUGGAAAUCUCAGAGGGCAUUAUUUA